GACCGCGCGCGGCGGCAGGAGCCUUGGGCCCGAGCACUAGCCUCACUGAGAGAGAUCUGAAAGAGGCGAAGGCCCGGAGUCAGCAGAUCGCAGCCCAGCUGACCACCCCUCCCAGCUCCAGCUCCCGCGGCGUCCAGCUCUUCAACAGGCGGCGGCAGAGGGUGAACGAGUUCACCUUGGAGAACCACGGCCGGAGAGGACAGAAGCCCAGCCAGGAGUCCCUCCGAGUGCCCCCUGCCAGCCCCACAGGCUAUGCCUCAGGGCUCAGCUUGAGUCCCACCUCACUCCCUGAACCAGGCCCUCCGAGGAACGCCGACAGCCAGAGCCCUGACAUAGGGGUCCCUGCUCACAGCAUGGAGGGAUGCUCGGAGAAGGCCAACUUGCUGCGGCACCUGGAGAAGGUGGCCAGCGAGGAGGAGGAGGUACCCCUGGUGGUUUAUUUGAAGGAGAACGCAGCCCUGCUGACGGCCAACGGACUGCACCUGUCCCAGAACCGAGAAGCCCAGCAGAGCCCAGCAAGCCCGCCGACGGCUGAGGUCCACAGCCCGGCUGCAGAUGUCAACAAAAACGUUUCCUCACUCAGUGCCACCCUCAUCGUGCCAGCCUCUAACAGCACCCACAGCCUGCCGGCCACAGACAACAACCAGAACCCCCCGGCACCUGUCACUCCACAGAGCCUGCCGCUUUCAAACAGCCAGCAGCCCUCGGAGGCACAGCUCCCUCCCAAUGGCACGGUGUCAGAUCCCAAACCCGGCACCCUGUGUUCCGGCGGGCAGCCCCCGGAGCCGGCUGCGGAGGUGAGAUCCAGCACACUCCUAAUUGAUAAGGUGUCAGCUCCACCUACCACCACCAGCACCUUCUCCAAAGAAACGACUCCCCUCUCCAGCUCCGGGACCCCAGCCCCAGAUUUCAUGUCCAGCUCCCUGCUCAUCGAUAUACAGCCCAGUGCCCCAGCGGUGUCAGCAGAACAAGAGACGUCUGGGUGGGCGGCCACGCCCACGCCCGCCAAGCUAUACAGUGAGGUCCACUUCACACUGGCCAAGCCCCCAUCAGUGGUCAACAGGACCGCCAGACCCUUCGGGAUCCAGGCGCCAGGGAGCACCAGCCAGAUGGAGCGGAGCCCCAUGGUAGAGAGACGACAUCUCGGGGAGAAGGCCCUGGCUCCCCAGCCCUCCAGCAUGGCAGACAGGAGCCCUCGGCCACAGAGACACGUGAUGUCCCAUAGCCCCAUGGUGGAAAGGAGGUCUGUGGCACAGCGAAGCCCUGCCUUGGAGAGACGCCCCUUGGGGAACUUCACCCCACCCCCCACCUAUGCCGAGACCUUGUCCACGGCCCCCCUGGCUUCCCGGGUUAGGUCUCCCCCGUCCUACUCUGCCCUUUACCCCAGCUCUGACCCCAAGCCUUCUCCUCUGAAGGGCCAGGCAGUUCCUGCCAGCAAGACGGGCAUUUUGGAGGAGUCGAUGGCCCGCAGGGGCAGCCGGAAAUCCAUGUUCACCUUCGUGGAGAAGCCCAAGGUGACCCCAAAUCCAGACCUGCUGGAUCUGGUACAGACGGCCGAUGAGAAGCGGAGGCAGAGGGACCAGGGGGAGGCAGGCGUGGAGGACGAGCCCUUCGCGCUGGGGGCCGAGGCCUCCAACUUUCAGCAGGAGUCAGCACCCCGGGACAGGGCCAGCCCUGCGGCGGCUGAGGAGAUCCUCCCGGAGUGGGCCUCGUGCCUCAAGUCACCGCGCAUCCAGGCCAAGCCCAAGCCCAAGCCCAACCAGAACCUGUCCGAGGCCUCCGGGAAGGGGGCUGAGCUCUACGCCCGUCGCCAGUCCCGGAUGGAGAAGUAUGUCAUCGAGUCCUCGGGCCACACCGAACUGGCCCGCUGCCCUUCGCCCACCAUGUCCCUGCCUUCAUCCUGGAAAUAUUCCACCAAUGCUCCUGGUGCCUUCCGAGUGGCAUCCCGGAGCCCAGCUCGGACCCCGCCCGCCUCCCUCUACCACGGCUACCUGCCUGAGAACGGGGUCCUGCGCCCCGAGCCCACCAAGCAGCUGGCCUACCAGCUGCGGCCCUCGCUCUUCGUCCUCUCGCCCAUCAAGGAGCCUGUCAAGCCCUCACCGAGAGCCGCCUCUCCUGCCAAGCCGAGCUCCCUGGACCUGGUGCCCAGCCUCCCCAAGGGGGCCCUCCCGGCAUCCCCGGCCCUGCCUCGGCCCUCCCGCUCCUCACCGGGCCUCUACAGCUCCCCUGGCCAGGACGGCCUCCAGCCCACAGCCGUGAGCCCGACCUACAGCAGUGAUAUCUCCCCCGUGUCGCCCUCCAGGGCAUGGUCUCCCCGCGCCAGGCAGGCCCCCAGGCCCUCCUUCUCCACCCGGAAUGCUGGGAUCGAGGCUCAGGACCGCCGGGAGAGCCUGCCCACCUCCCCGCCCUGGACGCCGGGCGCCUCCCGGCCCCCCAGCAGCCUGGACGGCUGGGUGAGCCCGGGGCCGUGGGAGCCGGGCCGGGGGAGCAGCAUGAGCAGCCCCCCGCCGCUCCCGCCGCCGCCGCCCAUGUCUCCCUCGUGGAGCGAGCGCUCCGUAUCCCCGCUGCGACCCGAGGCCGAACCGCGGCCUCCCAGCCGUCAGCUGCAGGCCCUCCUGGCGCGAAACAUCAUCAACGCCGCCCGGCGCAAGAGCGCCUCCCCGCGGCCGGCGGGCGCCGAGAGCCUGCGGCCCUUCUCCCCGCCCGGGCCGCCGCCGCCGCCGCCGCCGCCGCGCCUGCGCUCGCCGCAGCCCUCCCGGCGGGGCCAGGCCGCCGCCCCCGGGGCCACGUUCGCCCCGAUCCCGCGGAGCCCGCUGACCGCCGGCCCCUCGCCCUGCGCCAGCCCCCGGAGCCCGCUGCCCGCGACGCCCAGGCCCUUCGCCUACCGCCGGUCGCCCACGGACUCCGACGUGUCCCUCGACUCCGAGGACUCCGGGGCUAAGUCGCCCGGCAUCCUCGGCUACAACAUCUGUCCCCGCGGGUGGAACGGCAGCCUGAGGCUCAAGCGUGGCAGCCUCCCCGCCGAGGCCUCCUGCACCACCUAAAGCCUCGCCCGCUCCCGCUCCGUCCCCACCCCGGGAGGGCUGAGCCAGAAGAAGAGUUGUGGGGCUUGGUAGAUCCCAGCACCACGUCCGGGGGGUGGAGGGG